GGACUGCCCAGCAUCCCACUCUCCUUUCCUCCGUCGCUCUUUAUCUGUAUCGCAAAGGAUGUCCCGCUCUCGUCACACGCCGACAAACCCAGUGGGACAGAGGAACGUGCCCGGAACUCAGCAUGCCGUAAGAGUUGUAGGGGGAAGGGGUGGCGACCCUUUCGGCGACCCAGAGGGGUCUAGUGCUAAUACAUCUCAGGAAGUCAUCGCUGAAUUCUUCUCCGAGUCUCAGCCCACCAGCGUCGCUGGAUUCAGCGCGAACCGAUCCCUUCCAGGUAUCGAGACACUGCAUUCCGUACCGUUAGGCGGCCACGCUAGUAGUCCCCCUUCCCGCGAUCAGCUGCUCGCAAUGCGCCGUUCCAUCAUGUCCUUGGACAGUGGCGUCAGCCAUAGCACCUCACCCUCCUUGCUUCGAAACUUUGACGCACAGAACCGCGGGUCGUUCACGCCCCCGCCCGCCUUCCCAAAGCGUACUACGCCGUAUGGGAAUGACGAAGUAAACGUCCGCGUGUCCGUCAAACGCGCUCGAUCUACUAUGCUCACCGGCCCUCUGGAGAAGCCCUGGAUCGGGGAGAAGGACACGUACUCCCGCGUGUCAUACUGGGUCACUUGGGUAGUCGCCUUCCUAGGCAUCGCCGGCGGGGCAGUGCGGUGCUACUUUGGCUGGAAGGAAGUUCCCCGCGUUGGCAACCUCUGCCUCGUGAUGCAAGACGACUUCAACACCUUCGACCUCGAGAACACCUGGACGCGAGAAGUCCAGAUGGGCGGGUUUGGCAACGGUGAAUUUGAAAUGACGACCGACUCGAGCAACAACUCUUUCGUCCAGGACGGCAGGCUCUACAUCGCGCCCACUUUGACAUCCAACGUCAUCGGGCACGACAAUGUCAUGAACGGCUAUACGUACAACAUCACUGGCUGCACGAGCGCGAACAGCACCGCUUGCGGCGUCAGGUCCAAUUUGACCACCGGCACCGUCAUCAAUCCCGCCAUGAGUGCGCGCAUCACGACGCGCAACAGCCAUAGCAUCAAAUAUGGCAAGGUCGAGAUUGUUGCAAAGCUCCCCCAGGGAGACUGGCUGUGGCCAGCGCUGUGGAUGCUGCCUGUGAACGAUACGUACGGGCCCUGGCCGGCGUCGGGCGAGAUCGACAUCAUGGAGUCGCGCGGGAACGGCGUUGACUACAGCGCACAGGGCGUCAACUACGUGCGCUCGUCGCUGAACUGGGGCCCUCUCAGCUUCCUGAACGGCGUCGCAAAGACGUACGGCUGGUGGACGAACCGCCGCUCGACGUUCGCAGACGGAUUCCACACGUACGCAGUUGAGUGGACGCCCACGUUCAUCCGCAUGUACGUCGACACGCGCCUGCACCACAUGUUCGAGCUGUCCUUCAACGAGCCGUUCUUCGCGCGCGGCGACUUCCCCGAGACGGUCCUCAACGGGUCGCAGUACAUCGCGAUGCCGGACCCGUGGGUGAACGGCACGCGCAACGUCGCGCCGUUCGACCAGCCGUUCUACCUGAUCAUGAAUGUCGCCGUGGGCGGCACGAACGGGUGGUUCCCGGACGGCGUCGGAGGGAAGCCCUGGCUCGAUGCUUCGGACACGGCGAUGCACGACUUUUCCCAGGCCCAGGCGACGUGGUCGGCGACAUGGCCGCAGAACGUUGAGGACCGCGCCAUGGUCGUCGAUUCCGUCAAGAUGUGGCAAUCCUGCUAGAACUUCCACAUGACCGAAUAUACGCGGGACGCUAGUGAUGCGCUAAUUCUAUCAUAUUGUAGCGUCUGUCUGUGUGAGACGAGUACUGCCUCUACGGCCGUGUCAUUCCGUGCAUCGCGGUUGCUGUGGACCUCCAAUCCACUGGGGUAGUGGCUCUGGUUUUUGGAUCUUACGCCAAAACCUUCAUAGUUCGUACCUUUCGACUGUCAAUUUGCCAUGUGGUAAAUCAUGACAUACAGUCGUUUCGUGAGUUCCAUGAGACCUUAGUGCGUUAUAUAGACUGCUGUACUCUGCGUAUACAUGGUGUAGUACAGUACUUGAAAUCUUGAA